GCAGCGGCAGCAGAUAAGGUUAGCCUCCACGCUGCUACAAACUCAGAGUGUAUACAUGUCCACGCAGGGGGAACCUCCGCAAGACAGCUGGUGGACGCUCUUUCUAUUUUUUCUGAGAAAAAAAAAAGUGUGGAUAUUUUUUUCACUGUGAGACAUAGUCGCAGAUUCGCGUGUCGAAAGUGCGGGACAACUUGGAAGAAGUGAAAAGGGACUUUUUAUUCUGUUUGUUUUCGGUUUCACUUCUAUGUAUACCAAAAUGGAAACUACUUUCUACGAUGACUCGCUCAACGCGUUCUCCCAGCACGAAAGCGUCGGCUUCGGAUACAGCGGCCCCAAGGCGCUCAAACGCAACAUGACCCUCAACCUGGCCGACCCCAGCGGCGCCCUCAAGCCGCACCUCCGGGCGAAGGCCGGCGAGCUGCUCACCUCGCCGGAUGUGGGCUUGCUGAAGCUGGCCUCCCCGGAGCUGGAGCGACUCAUCAUCCAGUCCAGCAACGGCCUCAUCACCACCACGCCGACGCCGACGCAGUUCCUGUGCCCGAAGAACGUCACCGACGAGCAGGAGGGCUUCGCCGAGGGCUUCGUGCGCGCCCUGGCGGAGCUCCACCACCAGCACAUGCCGGGGGCGAGCGUCGCGUCGGCGCCGGCGAGCGUCAACACCGGAGCGGCUAUUUACAACCGCGCGGACUCGCCGGUCUACGAGGACCUGAACACGUUCACCCCGGCCGUCAGCAGCGUGUCGGCGCCCGGCUACACCACCUCCGCCCCGAGCGCGUCCUUCCCCAUUUACGCGCAGCCCUCCGCCCAUCUCCCGCGGCUCGCCGCGCUCAAAGAGGAGCCGCAGACGGUGCCGGAGAUGCCGGGCGAGACGCCGCCUCUCUCCCCCAUCGACAUGGAGAACCAGGAGCGCAUCAAGGCGGAGCGCAAGCGCAUGAGGAACCGCAUCGCCGCCUCCAAGUGCCGCAAGAGGAAGCUGGAGCGCAUCUCCCGGCUGGAGGACAAAGUCAAGAACCUCAAGUCCCAAAACUCGGAGCUGGCGUCCACCGCCAACAUGCUGCGGGAGCAGGUGGCGCAGCUCAAGCAGAAGGUGAUGAACCACGUCAACAGCGGCUGUCAGCUCAUGUUGACGCAGCAGCUUCAGACCUUUUGAGUCCUUCAAAAAAAAAGAAAGAAGUUGAACCAAAACGGACGCUUCCUGCCUGCUGGAUCCGGGGUUGAAGCGGCAGGAAGACCAAGAGGGCUGUGCAGAGAAAAAAAGCACCCUAGUGUCAUGCACUUGUCCCCGCAUGGGGGGUCUCUGCUCCGGGCCGGGACGGUGACUAUGAACCCAAAACCGGAGCAUGAACUUAAUUCCUUCACGACCGGGACUCUCGACUGACUUUUUCUUGAUUUCACCUCCCGGCUCUGCAUGGACUUGGUCUCGAGUCAGUCAGCGCCAGUGGAGAAAGGCAUCCGGUAUUACAGGUGACCUUUGAACCUGUCAAAUUUCUCGCUGCCGCCAUAUUGGCCCUCACCAACAAAGCGCAUAUGAAAACUUCUUGAGUUCCAGUAUGAGACUAUUUUUCUUUAUUGUAAAGAAGUUUUCUGAAAAUUUCAAGAUUUGUCAUUUUUGAUGGGGUUUCACUCAUUGUUUAUGUAUAUAAGAUCAACUCAGAGUACUUAUGUUUACCAUCUGUACAUUCUUUCUUUUUUUCAUGUCUCAACUCUAGAAAGUCGUCAAUAUUUAAGGAAAUAAACUUGUGUAAAAAAAAGCAACAGUGUGUGUUCUUGACGUCUGUGUGAGGAAAAAGUGGGUGUGACGUGUAAGCAAACAAUACAACAUGUUGCAACAUGUUGCAAGAGCGGAGAGUUCUCACUAUUUACCCGCCGGUUAAAUUCCAUCACUGCUUGUAUCGAUCCACAACAACUCGUGGAGGACGACUAUAAGAAGUUGUAGUCGGGGUUCGGAUGUAUUUGGUCAAAGGAAAGCAGCUGUCAGUUUAGUGUGUCAACAUUGUUUCAUUUAACACACUUUGAAAUAAAGAAAAGUAGUUAAAACGGUAUUGAACAUUUUCAGGUGACAUUUCCUCUCUAUAAAGUUAUAAAACAGGGAAAAGAGAGAAAAAAGAAAUGUGAAACUGCAUUAUUGACAGGCGACAAGUUAA